AUGGCCCAGGGCCGGCCAGGGCGCAGCCCCAAUCCUCUUAUAUCGCAUGGGCGUCACUUUGGUCGAACGGUGUUCGUGCUGUGUAACUAUCCUUCUCUACUUACCAAUGGUAUACUCAGAUUGCAACAAAUGGAAGACACUCCUCUGGAAGACUUUGCUGCUGAGAACAGGUCCGAAGAGGAAAUUCUGCACGUUGGAGAGCUAAUUGGCAAGGGAGCAUCAGGCGUGAGAGGUGACGACACCAAAUCAUUGAAGUCUGCAAUACUCGAUUGGAUUUCCCCGAAAGGAGCAGCAAUCCAGCCUCCUUUGCAUAGGAACUCGAAGAUCGAUCGCGGAUUCAACCAUGAACUUACAGGGUCACUACUUUGCCCCGCUGGGUUAGAUUGGCAUGACAUGGAGACGAGAGAGAACCUCCGCAGUGGCGAAAGUUUGGUCUGCGGAGAUCCAUGGCCCGUUUUUUUGUAUGCCCACCAUACCUAUGACGCUGAAGACCCGUGGUGUGGUCUCCUUAGGAGUCGCUUGCUGACAUGUGCUUACAAGCACACAUCCCCAACUUAUAUCGCCACUCAGGUCCGAUUUGCGCUGAGCUCAUCCUCGGUGUUCUCACGAACCGACACAUCUACGGACUCAGAGAUGUUUUACCACAGCCUCCUCGACCUUUUCGAGGACCCGGACGAGUCUAAGGAAGUUGAUGAGUUACUGACAUGGUGGAAUCGGUAUGGUUUUCCAACUUCCUCUGCCGCCAAGCGGCCUAUUAGCGCCAACAGUGCCCUGUCGAAAAUCCAAAUCAAACAGCUUGCAACUAAAAAUGCCGCAGAUUCGAACGUAAUCGUAACCUCUCCAUAG